AUGGCAGACGAAUGGCCAACAGUUGCGUCCGAGUACCAAAUCAUUGAGCAAAUUGGUCAGGGCGCAUUUGCAAAAGUAUGGAAAGCAUACUGUGUACCAAAGAAAAUUCACGUGGCUAUCAAAAUCAUGGAUUUGGAAAAAAUUACGACCAGUUUUGAAGAUAUUCGUGCUGAAGUGCAGACGAUGAAAAUGACGAAUCAUCCAAAUGUGCUGAAAUGCUAUUGUAGCUUUGUGCACAAGGAUCAACUCUGGCUUGUUACGCAACUUAUGAAUAAAGGUUCAUGUCUCCACGUGAUGAAUCUAUUCAAGAAGAAGGGACUGGGUGAAGGACUAAAGGAAGAUUUCUUGGCUAUUAUCUUGAAUGAAACACUCAAGGGAUUGCAGUAUUUUCAUGAAAAUGGUCAAAUUCAUCGUGAUAUUAAGGCUGGUAAUAUCUUACUGGACAGUGAGGGUCAUGUCGUUAUUGCUGAUUUUGGUGUCUCGGGCUGGAUGAUGGAAGGAGGUGAUCGUCGAAAGAAUCGUCAGACUUUUGUGGGUACACCCUGUUGGAUGGCGCCAGAAGUUAUGGAACAGGUGCAAGGGUAUGAUUACAAGGCCGACAUUUGGUCGCUCGGGAUCACGGCCUUGGAGCUCGCCAAGGGCUAUGCACCCUACGCGCGUUUCCAGCCAAUGAAGGUGUUGCUGCUCACUCUGCAGGAAGAUCCACCGUCACUUCGCACAUAUGAUGAUGAUGGCAGCGGCCACCAGUUCGGACGACACUUUAAAGAUGUCGUCAAACUUUGCUUGCAGAAGGACCCAUCCAAGCGCCCUGGCACAUCGGCGCUUUUGAAGCAUAGUUUCUUUAAGAAAGCAGGAGAUACAACAUACCUUGCGCGAAACCUCCUUAGCAACAUCGAAGACAUCAGAGAGAGCUGCAUGACAGCCGGUAUUGCAGAUGCGCUGCCUGGCGCUGGCCCGCUAUAUGCGAAGGGAAUAAAAGGACCUCCGGAAUCGGAAGCGGAGGGAUCGAAGUACGUGCCUGGGACGACUUGGGUUUUUGAUGAUGAAGAGGAUGACGCUUCCAAGAUGUCGAUAGAUGAUUUUGCGAGCCAAUUUGACAUGGUGACGGGUGGUGAGGAAUUUCGUUCCAAAUAA